ACAGCAUCCACAGCAUCCACAGCAUCCACAGCACCCACAGCAUCCACAGCACCCACAGCAUCCACAGCACCCACAGCACCCACAGCGCCCGCAGCGCCCGCAGCAUCCACAGCGCCCACAGCAUCCACAGCACCCACAGCACCCACAGCACCCACAGCGCCCACAGCACCCACAGCAUCCACAGCGCCCACAGCACCCACAGCGCCCACAGCACCCACAGCAUCCACAGCGCCCGCAGCGCCCACAGCAUCCACAGCGCCCACAGCAUCCACAGCAUCCACAGCAUCCACAGCAUCCACAGCAUCCACAGCACCCACAGCAUCCACAGCAUCCACAGCAUCCACAGCGCCCACAGCAUCCACAGCACCCACAGCACCCACAGCACCCACAGCAUCCGCAUGCCCCACGGGGUGUUCGGGCUAUGGAAGGAGCUGA